AAUUUAUUUAAAUAAUUUCAUAAGAAAAUUUUAUAUUAUAUUUUAUUUACAAGUUUCUAUUUUUCAAAUUAUAAUUUCUAGUUUAUUUAUGUAAUCUACACAUCGAAUAUUUCUCCUUCUAUACUAUUUAUAUAACGAAACCGAUCGCACUACCCGUUCCCACCAACUAUGACGUGUCCAGUCCAUUUUACCUUAGUUUGUGCUUUACACACAAACAUUUUUGCUAUCAACUUUUUUACUCCGAGACAUAAUUAUUUGUAUACGAAGGAAGUACAGGAAAACAAAUGUUUGGCUUCACCGGCGAAUUCAGUCAAUACAGAAAAAUUGGAACUUCGUAGUUUGGUUGUUAAUUCUGAAACGCCAUCAUCAAGUUCACCAGCAACACCAUUAGGAUCACCAGGACCAAAAAAUUAUGUAAAUUUUUGGGGAAUAUUAUUAGCUGCUAUUUCUUCAUUUUUCUUUUCUCUCACAUCUUUAAUUGUAAAAUGGCUUCAUAAUGUAGAUCCAUUAGAACUUGCAACUGUACGAUUUAUUGGAAUUUUAUUACCAACCAUACCAAUAUUGAUUUAUAAAAAACAGCAUCCAUUUCCUAAAGGUAAACGAAUUAUGUUAUUAUUACGAUCAUUUUCUGGAGCCACUUCACUAACAUUGAUAUAUUAUGCGUUUAGACUUAUGCCUUUGGGUGAUGCUUCAGUUAUUAUAUUUAGUGUACCUGUAGUAGUUACAAUAUUUGCUAAAAUAUUUCUCAAGGAACCAUGCAGUCUCUUUCAUUAUUUUACAUUAUUUCUAACAAUGUUUGGAGCAUUAUUGAUAGCAAGACCACCAUUUUUAUUCAAUGAAUCUAGCCAUCAUUAUCAGUUCUUUGGUCCAAUAGCUGCCAUGCUAUCUACACUAUUUUCAGCUACAGUUUACAUAUUACUCAGGGCAUUGAAGAAUAUUCAUUUUAGUGUCAUUAUGGUGUGCUUUGCUAUCUAUUCUAUCCUACAAACUUCAACAAUGGCACUUGCAAUUGGUAAUCUGACAUGGCCCAAAUGUGGAACUGAAAGACUUUUAUUUGUUGCCUUAGGUUUAUUCAGUUUUGCUGGACAAAUGUUACUAACUAUUGCUGCACAACUUGAAGAAGCAGGAUUAGUUGCUAUUGCUAGGUCAAUUGAUGUGGUUUUUGCUUUUGCUUGGCAAAUAAUAUUUUUUAAUGAAAUACCUAGUUGGUUAAGUUUGGUUGGUGCUGUUUUAGUAACAUCUUCUGUGGUGUUAAUUGGUCUAAGAAAGUGGUUAAUGAACAUGCCACCUACGCCUUUUAAAAAAAAGUGUAGUUUGUUAUUUUUAUGAUAAAUUUGUUCUGAAUUGUCGACAUAAUUUAUUGGAAUCGUAAAAUUUGUAGGUGGUGAUUUAGAGGAAUUCUCUUGUGACUACAAGAAUUUUAUUUCAAUUUAUAACGGUUAUACAAUUUUAUUUAGUUUAGUGUAUAUUUAAAAAUUUAGUAUUAGAAGAAAAUUUCUUAUAUAAUAUUUGUACAGACCACUGUUUGUCAUUUAUAUAUCAUGUGUUCAUGUUUAGUUUUAUUUAGAGAUUUCAGUUAUUUUGCAUUAACAUACAUCUGUUGUUAGUGUAUAUAUAUAUAUAUAUAUACUUAAAUAAUUAAUAAUAAUUUGAAUAAUUCAUUAAGCUGACCAGUAUAAAGUAUUUUUAUUUUUUCUAACUUAUUUAAAAUAUUGAGUUUUUAUUUGUUAUUUUUUGUAAUUUUUUAAAAUUAAAGUCAUAAUAGUUACUAAUAUUGUGAUAAUACUUGUUUAGAAUCUUUAUAUAUUUUUAGAUAACUUAUUAUCCUUAUACAUCCAAAAAUAUAGAUUAAUUGAUAUAAUUUUAAGUACAUAAAUUUUAUUUAUAUCUAUU